GCAUCUGGGUGGCGAUGAGAUCGAUGGGCUGCCCCGGGUCCUUGCAGAGGCGAGGAAGGGACUCACACCGACUCUUGAUGCAUUCACCGUGCAUGCAUUCAACCAGUACCCAGCCAGGCAACAGCUACUUAUUGGCGCCUACAACGUGCCAGCCUCGGUGGGAAAGCCCGAGUCGGUCGAACAAGACCUGGGGCUCCCACCCCGGGCGGAAGGGAGAUCCCUGUACAUUACAAUAUGCUGAGUCUUAGACGGAGGAAUUCAGGAUGCUAUGGGAAGACUUCCAAGUCUCAUCUGAGAAAGACGCUGCAGCCACUCUGACUCAGAGUCCUUUGUCGCCGUCAUCCAGUGGCCAGAGGGCGUGCCCGGGACCGGAGUCCUGUGCUGCGCCCUCCGUGGCUGCGAAAGGCUACGUGCUGUCUUUGGUCUGUCCAAACUCCUCCCAGGCGUGGUGUGAGAUCACAAAUGUGUCACAGCUGCUGGCUUCUCCUGUCCUCUACAGGGACCUGAAUUCCAGCCUAACCAACUUGAGCACUUCUGCAAAUGUAGAAAACAAAUACAGUCUUUAUGUGGGCCUGGGCCUGGCUGUAAGUUCCAGUAUUUUUAUUGGCUCCAGCUUCAUAUUGAAAAAGAAGGGCCUCUUGCAACUGGCCAACAAGGGCGUUACUCGAGCUGGUCAAGGUGGACAUUCCUACCUCAAGGAAUGGCUCUGGUGGGCAGGAUUACUCUCAAUGGGAGCAGGAGAGGCUGCAAACUUUGCAGCUUACGCUUUUGCACCUGCCACGCUGGUCACGCCUCUGGGCGCGCUGAGUGUCCUCAUCAGUGCAAUAUUAUCUUCCUAUUUUUUAAAUGAGCACUUGAACAUUCAUGGGAAAAUAGGCUGCGUAUUAAGUAUAUUGGGGUCAACUGUGAUGGUUAUCCAUGCCCCACAAGAAGAGGAAGUCGCUUCUUUGCAUGAAAUGGAAAUGAAAUUGAAAGACCCAGGAUUCAUUUUCUUUGCUGUGAUCAUUACCAUGAUCGCCUUGGUGCUGAUUUUGAUCGUGGCUCCCAAGAAAGGACAGACCAACAUAUUAGUCUACAUUUCAAUCUGCUCAUUGAUUGGAGCAUUUUCAGUUUCUUCUGUGAAGGGCCUGGGAAUUGCCAUUAAAGAACUAUUGGAAAGGAAGCCAGUUUACAAGAACCCCCUGGUCUUUGUUUUGCUGGCUGUACUUGUGCUUUCAGUGACGACACAGAUUAACUAUCUCAACAAGGCCCUAGACACCUUUAAUACAUCUCUUGUGACUCCCAUUUACUAUGUGUUCUUUACAACCAUGGUAGUGACGUGCUCCGCCAUCUUGUUCCAAGAAUGGUAUGGCAUGAGAGCUGGAGAUAUCAUCGGGACCCUGAGUGGGUUCUUCACCAUUAUCAAUGGCAUCUUCCUUCUACAUGCUUUUAAAAACACAGACAUCACCUGGAGUGACUUGACAUCCGCCACUCAGAAAGAAGCCCUCUCUCUGAAUGGCAAUGAAGACAAAUAUGUCUUACUAGAGAAUAUAGAAUGUUCAACCUCGGGAUAUGAGGAUGACAUUACCUUGUUUAGCAGGACUCAUGAAUGAUCAAAGUCUCUACAAACACUGAGCUUGAACCAUGAAGAGACACUUGGCGAGGAGAAGGAAUACCUGCAGAACUAUUAGGAAAGCUGACAUUUUUAAGGUCCUAAUAAUUUAGAUAUAAGGCCAAAUAAAAAUGCCUUCAUUUUUGGCCAUCAUCUUUGAAAAAUCAAGAUUUUGAUCAUCCUCCAGAAGACUUCUGUUGUUUCUCAUUUCUGCAAACUUGAAAUCUCUUUCCUUCUGGUCACAGUAUAUUUGGCCGGCCAGGUGGUUUUUCACUUCAUUGGCUGCUAGUCUUGGUUUCAUAGUAAUUAAUAGAUAAACUUUGUGCUGAUAAGCAGAGUAUCAGUCAUUCUCUGAUGAGUCAUAGUUUCAAAUUAUUGAAACUGAGAAGUGAGAUCACUGAUGCUUUCCCUCCCCUUCCAACUUCAUUUAGCUAAACUAGAUGGUAGCUGAAGGGUAGAGUGUUAAAGAGAAGAAUAGGCCGGCUCUGGAAAUCUGCUCCUGGUGUGUUAGAAUGCAAAGAAAUAUGUGUCCAUGAAGAGCUUAUGGAUUGUAAUUGUAAUUUAUUGACAUAUCAUAGAAGUUUAUUACCAAGUAAAAAGGGGAGAAUGGAGGAGGGAAAUAUACCUUAAGUAAAGGAAACACUUUUUUUCUUUUUACUAAAAGAAACACAAAUGAUUGUGUUCAUGAGUUCUUUUAACUCAGACCUGAACAACAUAAGACAAAAUUGAGUUUUUGGAGACAUCUAGGUGAAUUUAGUUUGGAAAUCCUUGUAUUCAUUUUAUUCCUUGAUUUUACUAUUAUCCCAAAGGUUCUUUUUCUUACUGAUAUGAAGAUUUUUGUAAAGCAGUUGCUACAUUAUUUUAGGAUGAUAUUGUACACUUCAGUUUUUCUCAAAUGUUUAAUUCCCAAAGGUUGGUUUUUCCACAAACUAUUUGGAAACAACUAGAAGAAUCUUUGUGAAAAACCUGAAUGAGUUAUAAUAAUCAUCCUCUUGAAAUUUAGCACUUUCCAGCUUAUUAAGGAAAUUAUAAUUAGUUACAAACCUUUUUGAAAAUAUACAUAACCUACCACAAUAAUUGGUAGGUUGUCUCUUUCUGUUGACUCUCACGCUUACCAUGUUUUCCGUAUAUUUUACCUAUAAGUGUUUUGGAAGAAUAAGAAGGGGAGUUAGCUUCCUAGAAAACAAAAUAUUAAGACCUCAGGAACUACUACUAGAAAAAAAAUUUUUGUAUUGAAACUUACAUAAAGUGUUCCUGUCUCCAAGUGCAUAGCAGGAAUAACACUUUUGGUGGCCUUUAAUGUUUAUGG